AUGGAUAAUUCAAGCAAAAAAACUUCCAGUGCUCAGUUCAAUGUGCUGGUGAAAGAGCUGGAGAAAAAUCCAGACUUGGCAAGAGGCGCUCCAAUGUUUGGUGCGAGUAAGAGCCUGGUAGAGCUGCAGUGGAAUGAAUUAGCCAAUAAAUUAAAUGUACAUGGACCUCCACAAAGAACAGCUACUGAGUGGAAAAAGAUUUGGGCUGAUCUUAAAAGCUACACAAGGAAGAAAUUUGCGGAAAAUGCGUCCAACAUGCAUGCCACAGGUGGUGGACCAUUCCGGUAUUCACCGCUCACCGAUUUGGAGAAGGCCAUCUACCGGAUCUUUCUGGUGUCAAAAGCGGCCAUACCAAGUGGUACAGUUCAGAACAAGCGAAAACCACAAUAG